GACAGCGUCCGUUAACUGGUGAACAGGUGGCUGCUCCAUCUCACCCCGGGACUAACAGCUGACAAAGCGCUGCCACUGGCGAAACGUGGAGUCGAGGCGAGUUUCUAGUCUUCUUCAUCGUGCAUUGAAAUAUUCGUCUGACUUGUCGUCUGCACUUUUAUUGUUUUCCCUUCCCCACCCCCACACCCGACAUCGUGGCGCGCAGUUAUCCAAAUGGAGAAAGUUUGAACAGAGCCAACGUUUUUACUAACCGACAGUGCCUUCGCCAAGAAAGGUGUGUAUGAAUGUGUGUUAAAAACAAACAACAACAACAACAACAACACUCUUGCCGUGUGAAAGUGGUGGCGCUGCUAGCUCUGUGUACCUGUGACUGACACACGAGCGAGAUGCACACAAGGAAAGGCGCCCUGUGCUCCGCGAAGCGCGCCAGUGGAGCUGCAUGCGCGAGGAGAAGCCGAGGGAGGAGAUGUGAGGAGAGCUGACUGCCGGUCAUCGGAGGAUUGAACCUUAUGCCCUUCGUCAGCAGCGGGUGACGGGUGGCAGCGCAGGGGGCUGUAGCGGAUCCACCCCAAUCGCGGCCAUGAUGAAACAUCCGGACAAAGCGCAUGCCAUGCUGCUGGAGAAUCUGCGAGUAAUAUCGGAGUACCGCCGGCGCUCGUUGGCAGAGAAUUACAGGCGAGCUUCCCUUGCCGCCCCAACAUGGGCCGCCAGCAGGUGGAGCUCCGGCUCCAGUCAAGGAGGCAGCGAGGGCCACGGACCGACCUUGAGCGCCCAUGGAUCGUCGCACAGCUUCCGCCAGCAUCACCCCUACAGCAGCAGCAGCCACCACCACCAUCACGGCCACACCAAGGACGCGCUCGGUCACAGCGACCGGCAGCGCAGGAAAGAGUCUCCCUCUGGCGGUGGGGACCUGGCCGCAACAUCCACCUCGCCAUCCUCCCUCGCCAACCAGCAGCAGCAGUUGUCGGCGCCCGAGGCGGGCGCUGUAGUCCGGCAGUCUUCCUUCCGCAAGCAGCGCCCGGCCGGGGAAGGUCCCAAGCUGGAGGUCAAAAUUGCGCCUGACCCCAUCAUCUCCACCAUUCCUCCCUCCACGCCGCCAGGCCAGACCAUCAUGCAUCGCUCUCCGCUUCGGCAGCACGACCUGCUGACCUCGGCACCUCUCGCCAUGGACGUGGACAACGGCGACAUUACGGAUGUCGUGGACGGAGGAGGCGGUGGCGACAACGACGGGACGCUGAGGGUGAUGGGGCGCUUUCCGGGUGGGGGCCGCUACUACCCCGUGGACUACCCGGUGGAAGGCGGCCGUUACGUGCCACCGGACCCGUACGCCAUCGAGCGCUCGCGCCGAGGUCGCAAACGCGUCAUCCUUAACGUGGGCGGGGUCAAGCAUGAAGUCCUGUGGCGCACGUUGGAGCGCAUGCCUCACACGCGGCUGGGCAAGCUGCGCGAGUGCUGCUCCCACGAAUCGCUGAUGGACCUUUGCGAUGACUACUCGCUGGCCGACAACGAGUAUUUCUUUGACCGCCACCCGCGAUCUUUCGCCUCCAUCCUCAACUUCUACCGCACGGGCAAGCUCCACCUGGUGGAGGAAAUGUGUGUCUUGUCGUUCAGUGAGGACCUCGAGUACUGGGGCAUCGACGAGCUGUACCUGGAGUCGUGCUGCCAGCACAAGUACCAUCAAAAGAAGGAACACGUGUACGAGGAGAUCCGGAAGGAGGCUGAGAGCAUCCGACAGCGAGACGAGGAUGACUUCGGCACAGGCUACUGCGCGCGCUGGCGGCAGAAAGUCUGGGAUUUACUCGAGAAACCCACCACCUCCAUGGCAGCCAGGGUACUUGCAAUUAUUUCAAUCCUCUUCAUCGUUCUUUCGACCAUCGCACUCACGCUCAACACCAUCCCAGACCUGCAGGACCGGUCGGACCCCACUCUAACCACAGACAAUGAGGACCUGGCCAUGGUUGAAGCCGUGUGCAUUGGCUGGUUCACGUUAGAGUACCUCGCCCGCUUCUGGGCCUCCCCCAACAAGUGGAAGUUUUUCAAAGGCCCGCUCAACGUUAUUGACCUUCUGGCCAUCAUGCCCUAUUUCAUUUCCCUCGGUCACGAGACCAAUAAGAGCACCACGGAACAGUUCCAGAACGUUCGGAGGGUAGUGCAGAUCUUCAGGAUCAUGCGAAUCCUGAGAAUCCUGAAACUGGCACGGCACUCCACGGGUCUCCAGUCUCUGGGGUACACGCUGCAGCGGAGCUACAAAGAGCUAGGGCUGUUACUUAUGUUUCUGGCCAUUUCCAUCUUGCUCUUCUCUAGCUUGGCCUACUUUGCGGAGAAGGACGAGCCAGAGACGAAAUACAAGAGCAUCCCAGAGACAUUCUGGUGGGCGGCCAUCACCAUGACGACAGUAGGGUACGGCGAUAUUUAUCCCAAGACAGUUCUGGGCAAGAUUGUGGGUAGUGUGUGUUGUAUAUGCGGCGUGCUGGUUAUCGCGCUGCCGAUUCCCAUCAUAGUCAACAACUUCGCCGAGUUCUACAAGGACCAGAUGCGGCGCGAGAAAGCCUUCAAGCGGCGGGAGGCGCUGGAGAAGGCCAAGCGAACGGGCAGCAUCGUGUCCUUCCACUCCAUUAACCUCCGCGACGCCUUCGCGCGCAGCGUCGACCUGAUGGAGGUGCACUCCCCUUCCCACAAACCUCGGGACCCUCACCACCCUGCUGGCGGCGGGGGCGGGGGCGGGAGCGGGACGGGUACGACAGCCGACGUUGACGACCAUCACCACCAGCAGCACCAUCACCUUCACGAAGACGACUGCAUCCACAGCGGCAACACGUCGUCAUCCAAUUCCAGCGAGCACGCCAAAGCCCUCGCCCCGUCCUCGUGCGCCCUGCGGCUGAACCAAACGACCCUGGCACCUGCUGCCUGCACUUCGCAUAUCUUGAACGUUGGCAACGACGGCGACUGCGGGGGUCUCGCCAACAGCAGCAUCAACAACCUGCUGGACGCCGACGAGGACUCGCUGAAGAGGAUGACCUCAUCUCAGCCGUUGCUGAACUCUCAACCUCAGGCUCGCCACACUUGUUGGCGGAGUGCCGGUUCGGGGUCCACGGGUGGGUCGGAGGAACGGGGCAGCGUGGACAAGAGCUGCAUCGAGCUGAAGCAGCUGCCCCGGCAGUCCAGCACCGCCUCCAGCUCCGACACGUACACCUCGUGCCAGACCCACCCCCACAGUUCCCCUUCCGCCACGGCUCACCUGCACUCCGACAAGGCUCGACACAACCUCUACGUCAAUCCUCUGGGGGACCCGUCCGGGCUGGGAGGAGAAGGACUGGUGCUGGUCACCACAGGCGUGGGCUCCGGACCUGACCACAUGGGGUCGUAUGAACAUCUGUUCUCGGAACUGACCCAUGGCGGUGGAGCGGGUGAUGGGUUUGGUGUUCCGCCCGAGCAGCCAGAGAUAGGGUUCGGAGUGAGGUGCGGUCGAGGAAGCGUGGAGUGCGAUUCCGAGCAAGGUCAAGGUCAAGAACAGUUCUCACCUGCCAGCCAGAUCGUCCAGCAGCUGGACGCUGGGUUGACCACCACCUGGCAACGAGGCAGCCCGCAGUCCCCGUGCACGACCUCCACCAGUACCAUCACCUACUCCCCAACCCUUGACCGCCAGAAGCUGCAGCAACAUCUUCAGCAUCAUCAGCUUCAGCAGUAUCAGCCGAAUUUUCAGCCAUCGUCGUCGUCGUACAUGCACCAUCCUCAUCCUCAGCUUUCACCGCAACAGCAUCAUCAGCAGUUACAACGACAGGCCAACGUGGCGACCACCAGCAGCAGUUCCAGCCUGCAGGUGCUGAGUAGCAUUGAACCCCGCAAGUCCAGCUUCAAGAGACACAAAUCUCUGUCGGUCGAGAAGCACCCGCGCUUCUCUGAGGUCAAGGAACGAACCUACUCCUCCACAGACAACCUCACUGCCCAGGGCUUUCAGAGACCCAAGUUGAAAUUUCGCAAGGCUGUGUCCCUGGCUAGUCGUCUGCACUCCAGUCCUGGAACAGGAAGAAAACUCGCCAGCUACCACCUCAUCGCUAGCACUAAAUCAGAGUCAAGUGGGGGAGGCGAGCAGGGGGCAACAGACAACUCGUGGAAGGAGUUGCAGAAACAGUCGCCAAUGCAGCGAUCCAGUCCUGCUCUCUUCCACUCCUGCUCUUUCUCGCCUUCCAAGAAGCGCUCCCUCUUAAGGCGAGAAGCCAAUGUGGGUGAUGACAACGAUGAUACUCGAGAACUGCUGUUGGCAGCUUGCCGAGACGGCGAAUGCCAUCACCGACACCACCACUACAACAACAGCAACACCAUCAACAACAACAUUAACACGCAAAGCCAUAGAGGCGGGAUGGGGGACGGUAGGAUUGAACUCAAUCGAGAGCUGACCAACACGGACAUGAGGAAUCAUCACCCACAUCACCAAUACCAACAGCAACAACCCCAUCUCCACUACGACCUGCAUAGUAAUCAGAAGCAACAGGAUGCACAGCAGCGGCAGCGGCAGCAGCAUCAGACGACAACCCCGCAACGCAACAAGCGCCAGCAAGAUCAAAUGUCGCAUCCAAAAGACUUCAGCACCCUCCGGCAGUCCAGUGCGCCCACACCGAUGUCGCCCAUCCCCACCUCUACUGCCCACGGCACUGUCCAGCAGCAGCACUCCUUCCCGGAGUGGACACGCACCCCGGACAUCUUGCCAUUGUUUCCCAACGCUAACACCCGCCUUCCGACUCGCUCCUCCCCGUCUUCUGUCAACUCCACGACUACCUCCACGGCCGCCCCAGCACCUCUGUGUGAUAACGCCAGGCACCCGCCGACCCACGUCGCCAACAUUCUGGAUCAUUCGGGGUGUGAGGGACACGUCCAAAGUAACGGGAACUCUCAGAUCUCGCCCACUUCCGUCGUCGGCGGAGGCAGCGGCGGUGGCGGCGGGUGGGUCAUUUCUCCGCCAAAACCUUCCUACGUCAACGUCAACCCCAACCCGGCCCGAGCUCCAGACGACGAGGUGGACAGUCAAGGUCGCAGCUUCACCCCCGACACACCUUCCCGGUCUGGGGACGAGGAAGAGGACAGGGAAGGCGACGACGAUGAGGAGGACAUUGACGACGAAGACGAAGAGGUCGAGGAGGAAGAGGAAGAUGGUGAUGAUGACGAUGAGGUGAUUGCCGGCGACGCAGAACUGGAUUUUGGCGGGAACAAUCGCUCCGUGCAGCAAGGUCAUAGCAGGUGGGCAACUCCUCCGUCAUCUCGAUCUCGCUCUCCCGGCGGUCUGCCCCCUUUCUCCCCCGCCCACCACUCGAGACUGUCACCCACCGACACGUCGCCCUCUGACCUCGCUGACGAAAGCCUCCGACAUCCAGGACACGCCGGAAUCGGCCGGGGCAGCGGCCUUGAAGGCAGGCUGGGUCGGCAGGCCGGAAGCAGCGGUGGAGGUGGUGGUGUUGACGCCGAUGGUGGCGGAGGCAACUCGACGUCGGCGGGUGGGGUGUCGCUUUCGGACGACGCCAGCAUCCUGAGUCUGUCAGACCCCAGUCUGCACAAGUCCUCGCCCUGCAGCGACCACGCUCCCCCGCUCCCGCUGCUGCGACAGCUAAGCCACCGCGACAGUCAAGCCAGCGGUGACCCCGACCUUGACCCCGACCUAGACCUCUCCUUGUCGCACAGCCUCAGCAUUUAUCACACAGCCGACUCCAGAGCUUCGUCCUCUGAGGCCCUGGCAGUGCCCAAUCUCUCGCCAGACCCCUACCCGCACUCCCAGGUGUCUUCGCACCCCUUGCAGCAGCUAGGGAGUAGCUUGAAUGGCGGAGCGGGGGAUACCUCACCUUGCGGUGGUCCCGACAGUCUUGUGUUUCCUGACGCCAGCGGCUAAAGUCAGCUGCUGGUGGGGGAUCAUUGCAGAUCCCAUGGGCUGGCAGCUGGAUGUCCCUGGGCUUCGUUCAGAUGGAAAGGGAACCUCUUCUGCAACAUCGUCGACAUCUGCCGUCACAGCGCCUCGUGGGUUCCGACGAACGGGCAUCAUUUAUCAUGGCUUCCAUCUAGGCACACCAUCAAUGCAAUUUCUCGGGAAAAACAAGAAAACCGUUUCAAUUUGUUGGUACGCGUUUUUGCCCAGAAUGUAAUCAGUUUUUCUCUAUGGAAUUUCUUGGUUUUUUUAAAAUGAUAUACGUUAUAAAAGAGUCGUUGACUCUACAUGUGUAGAAAGAAAUCUUUGUAAUGGUCUUUCUUAACUACUGUUACACACCGCUCUUUGUUCUAAACUUUGACCAGUGUGAAGCUAAACUAUUUUUUCCUUUAUUCUCACAAUGGUCACAUCUUGACAUCUUGCGUAGAGAACAUACUAACCCCCAUGGGGGGUAGACGCUUCUCCGAAUACUUCCAGCUGUGUGGGAAAAGUUGUGAGCGAGCCAAUGGAGCAUUUCUGCAGUGGGGGUCACUCGUCUCUCCUAACCCUUGCCAGCUAGCUGAAGAGCCGAGGACGCGUACAGACGGGACCCCCUCACCCCGGGUGGGUGUCGAACUCUCGCGGGAAGUGACUCGCCUGGUGCGUGAUUGGUUGCGAUAGAAACAGGCGAGGAUUAUGCAACUUGUUGUGGCUUUUCAGCCAUUGCAAACCACUCAUCAAGGGACAGAUAAAUCAUCGCCGUGAUCGACUGCUUGCUUGCUUGCCUGCCUGUCUGAAUGGGCGAUCUAACUAUUGAGUUUGGUUGUUGGUUGGUUUGUUCCUGGAAAACCCGUUUACCCGUUUGUUUUUCUUCUUUGAUCGACGUCAUGAUUACAAGAGCAUUGUUGUGCUGUGAUUCUUUUUCCAACCACUCUUUUUAACUCUACAUUUCGUGACCAUUGGUUCUGUUACAGCUGCGACUGUUUGACCGUUGAACUAGUUGGUAGUUUUUGUUUAAUGAGCUGCACUUUCCACAUUUUUGCCUAGACACGAUUGGCUCGAACCUGGCACGUAAGACUUUCUGCCCCUUAACAUGUGUUUGUUACUUACCUGGACGGUGCAUUUCAACAGUGUAACUGCUACAGUGUGAAAAACUGUAAAACUGUUCUGACAAAGAGAUUGUUCUCGUUAAAAUAGAAUGGACAGAAUGGGUGAUCAUGCUACAUGUGUAUGUUUUUGAGUGUGUCUGUGAGGAACGAAGAGAGAGAGAGAGGGUGUCUCAAAUUUUGAUAGAAUGUUUUCCCCAACCGAAGAUGGGAUGAAGCCGCUUCAGUCAUGACUCACGAAUUUAAUUGCUUUAAGAUUUCUGAACUUCAGCGUUUGCAAGGUUCGCAAGAGGGAGAGAAACUUGAGAGCAAAACCACAAUUGCCUGAAAUCUUCAUCCUGCAGUCACCAGCAGAUGAAUGUCGCCGGACACUCCGCCAUACUGUCAGGUUCGACAGUUCUUUCUGCAACCGAAAACUCCAAUCGUUUGCAUUUACGAUGAAUCAAUUCAUUUUAUGAAGCUUUCCCAUGUUAAUAAUCCCAUGUUAGAUAAUGAUUUCUUCCAAAUCAAGGCACAUCUAGAUUAGACCUUGUAACUUUGUAGACUUGGAGGCCAUUGCCUCUUUCUUUUCCACUAAAUUCUUCUCGGCACGAUAUGAAAAUGAAAAGUUUGAGCAGGACGAUGUUAUAGAGACCACUUUCGUCUCUCGACAAUUUCAGCCCACCGUAGUCUUUACGUAGUUAGAGCACCACAAGGACUGUAGAGAACCCUUUAAGUAGAUAACUAGUUACAGAGUAAUUAUAGUCUUGCUGCAUGCUCAUUUUCUGUGAUCCCCACGUGGGUGCGAUUAGUACUGUGACCUUUCAGGCGCCUCCUCUUGAGGGACUGGCGCGUGCGUCUUUCGCGACUGGUUCACACACUUGGACAUCUGGGCUUCUCUUCUCCAAGGGAUGGGGGUGGUUGGCUGCUUGUGAGACUGGCAGUGAUGCGGUGUGACAUGAGCUCACCGUCCGAAGGCGUAUACUAGCCCUGCUUCUUGCGCCCUCGGUUGACUGAGCUAGUGAGCUCCUGGCUUGAGAUUCACGCUAAGUGCAUGAGAUGGUAUGGUAGACACACAAAGAGCUGUGGCAGUUUUUGCACCUGCAAUGCGUGCGUUUCCUCUUCAGUGUUUUGGGCAGCGGAAUGCGCAAGUAGAGCAUCCACUUUCUCCAUCGCUUCGUAUUCAUGUGUAACGACAGGUAGUGAGGCGGGAAAACCCAGAGAAGUCCUGGGAAAUUACACAGCAAAAUAUUGGACCCAUCUGGCUGAACCUUGACCCUUCAUGUGGUAACACAGAACGCUGCGAGCAUCUAGGAGUUAAAUAUUUGUUUCACAUGGAAUAAUGAAGUAAGUCUUUGGGUGAGGCGCAGUGCUGCGUGUUCUAUAAUUAUACAGAUAUUUAUAGUUGAAAAAUAGUAUUGAUAAUGUUUGUUUCAAUAGGGGAGUUUAAUUUUUUUUUAAUAUAAGCAUAAAGUUUCUUUUAGAAAUAGAACAGCGUUAAAAUGCAAUUGUUCAAACACGGCUACUUGAAGUUAGAAGAUUUAUUAUACAGGUAAUUGGUGAUGGCGUCAGUUCUUUUCAGAGCUGCAAAACAUGAUGGCAGCGAUUUAUUUAUUUUUUGUAAUGAUGCAUGGGCAGUAUCUAAUUAUCCUGAUGAUUAGAAAAAAAGCUCUAACCCCCUAGUCACACGCUUCUGUCGUGCAAGUAAUGUUUGAUAAGUCUUGAGCCUAUACAACAGAGCAGCGUCCCGAUUAUAUAACAGGAUUAUAAUCCUAGGAUUUUCAUUAUAUAACAGGAUUAUAAACUCAGGAUUCUCAUUACUUAGAUGAGUCCAGUCACAGAGCUUGCCCACCACAAGCAAGUGUAUAUAGGCUCAGACUUCAAGCCUUUUCAUCAGUAAUGUGAGCCAUUGGCUAGUAAUGGAAGGUUUACGGAAAUCCUCCUUCAAAAAGUAUAUCAUCUACAGGCGAGAGAAAGGUGGUUUUAGGACAAUAAUACAAGUAACAAGAAAGCACGAGCUGUAAGAAAAGUUUGGAACAAUGUAAACGUUAGGGUUGCCAAACCAAUAAUCUCCCCUUGGACGCCGGACGGUAACGGAGUUAUCCUUCCUAGUUUUGGUCACGUGGUCUUGGAAAAACGUAAACAUUUCGGUGUUUUUCACUAAGACUCCUUUUUAUAAGGUUGUUAUUAAGUAUUAUUAUUAGUCGGGGCGCACGUGUACGGGAAAAAAAGAAUAAGCUCUAGACUAGCUUAUGUCAUUAGACGGAGUGGCAAGACUUGACCAUUGUUUCCCAGGCGGAGUGUUUGCUCGGUGUUUGUGGCUGGCUGAGACGUCCAAGUGCGCGUUUGCUUAUGAGGAAGUGGAUGUUUCUACCCGAUUCCUGGCUUGUACACGUGAUGUUUUAUACACUGUUUAAUUCUUCCAUCUUGACUUAACGUUUGAUUGCUGCCCUUUUUCACAUGUUCAAGUAACCAGUGUGUUGAUGAAGAAAUGCCUAAAAUGGAUUGUUUCGGAGUGGUCUUACCAUGCCAUGUACUCUGUUGUACAGUUUUGAUAAGAAACUAGAUUGAGAGUUUGUGUGCAUUCCUGUUCCAGCUAGCAGAUUAUAUUAAUAUGGGCAGUCCUCUUAUAUGGCUUCAUUCCCCUUCCAUCCUCUGUUUCUUUCUUCAGACUUUUUUUAAAAAAAAUUGUGGCACUCAAUUAGAAUCAGUGACUGACAGUAACUGUGGUGACCAUACUUAUUUCAGACAGUAAAUGUCCAUAGUGCAAUGUUAAGCUCAGUCAUUAUGUGCACAUUUUCUCUUCUUUGUAUAAUACAUAAUUGUACUUGCCAAACAGACUGAUAUACUUAGUAAUCUUCUCUUAUGUUCGUACAUCUUUUUUAAGUCAAUCUGCUGGAUUCUUUUUUUCCCCAUCAGAACUACAAGCACAUUUUUAUCCCAAGAUGCAGUUUGAAUUGAGGAUUAUGCCUUUAGCAUUUUGCAUUUUUUUUAAAAAACAGUUCACUUGUCCAGAAAGCAGUCAUCUUGAAAGUUUGGCUUUUAUACUUAAGCCAUAUGCCUGUAGAAAUUGAUUGAAAAGCUGCACUGUUAAAAUAUAACUAGAUAGAUCCUUUGAAGUAUUGUUUGAACUAUUUUUCUGUGCGACAGUAAGUCGUGAUCAGGAAAAUAUGUUCACUGUAAAGGCAUUUAUUUUAAGCGAGAUGGUUUGAAAGAGUUGCCCCAGUUUUGUAAUGCUGUACGUUUCUGGCGUUUCAGAGUUAGCUGUCAUCGCUGUUAAAAUAGCAUAAAUUAUGGCAAACUUUAGAGUAAAUGAAUUUGACACAUUAGGAAUACCACAGUGACCAUGAAUUUGAAUGUUCUAUCUUGAAAGCUGUAACCAUUGAUUGUUUAUGCCUAUGAAUUGUAAUCGGUGACAUUUAAACCAUUAGAAAAAUUAUUUCAGAAAAAUAUAAUCAGACUGCAUGUGCAAAUAAUAAUUAGGAAUACUUAAAGCUGCAGCCAUAACUUAAUGCACACUGCACAUAAAAAUGCAUAGGAUAAAGUUCUGCAUUGUCUGGCACAUUUUGGCACAGUAAAUGGAUAGUAAUUAAAUUUAUUGAAAUUAAAAUAGGAUACUUAGAUCUUGAAAUUUUGAUUUUGUUAACAUUUAUGGCAUAGUUAUGGAAUAGUAAUUAGUCAUUGAAAUUAAAAUAGGAUACUAAGAUCUUGGAAGUUUGAUUUUGGUAUCAUCUAUAAAUCAAGAAAAACAUUUAGGUACACUUACAUAUAACAUCUGGAAACAUUACCACUGUUGAUGGUAGACCGGUAUCCAGUUUUGCUUUUAAAUGAAAUAAAGAAAAAUCUAGUGCUUUUAUUGAAUUUUAAAGGUCUCAAAUCUUUCAUUAGUUAAAAAAAAAAAUGAAGCUAACAGUAGAUACAGGAAAAGCAUUUGUGCUUACCUGGGGUGAUUUCAUUUUUUUUUUUUUUUUGGUGGUGGUGGUGGUUUUUUGCAAGUUAAUUAUUCUCCUCCAUAACUGAAGUUGUUGAACAUUUUUCAAGAUGUCAUUUGUCUUUGCAUUGUUUCAGACAAAAAUUUCCACUCUGAAUGUUUAAAUUUAAUAGUUUCUGCAAAAUUACUGAAUCAAUAAGCAGGUUUAAUAAGCUGGAUAUCGGUCUACAUAAAAUGUCUUGCUUGAGAGAGAAAUGCCUGAAAUUGCCUCGCAGAUCAAAACUUGUGGCACUUUUCUACACCUCUUGGCUUCAUUACAUUUGGGGCAAUCCCCCGUGUGAUAACAGACUUCUCCAGGCACUGUUGACUUGUAAUUAAAAAUAUUUGUUACAUUA